AUGCUUGCAACCCGUCGUGCGCCUGCGCACAAUGUUGCUCGCUAUGUGACCAACAACGUUGCCUCCGCAUCGACGCAGUACGGCCGGACUGCAGCCUACCGACGGUUAAACACCCUUUCUACUCUAGCUCAACGAACAACUCGGUCUCCGGCAUCAAUACGAUCGAGGACCGAUUUUAAUCAGCAUGUUCCGCCACACUUCUCCCUCCUAGCCCGAUCUUUUCACAGCUCUCUCCUCCGAGCACAAGAAGCCAAGCCCAAAGAAGAUAUCAAGGAUCCUCCACGGCCGGAUACUACAGAGCAGAAGGCCGACGAGGCCAAAUCCGAAGAACCAAACGGCGAGAAGUCUGAAGAGGGCAAGCAAGAGGGCAAGGAGGGUAAAAAAGAUCAAGCUCCGCCACCACCUCACGGCGACAAGUCCCCAUGGCAGGUCUUCACUCAGACGCUACGUAGCGAGUUCAAGGCCUCUCAGGAAUGGCAGGAUUCCACAAAACAGUUAGCCGGUGAAGUCAAAGCCUUUAAUGAGUCCGAGAGCGUGCGAAGAGCGCGAGAGGCGUCUGAGGCUGUCACCGGCGGGGCCUCGAAGGUUAUCAAAGGCACUGGACGAGCUCUUGGGCAAGGCGCAUCCUGGACGUGGAACACUUCGGCCGUGCAGGGCGUGCGUGCUGGAGUCAACGCCGCGGGUCGAGGCAUCGAAAAAGCGAGUAGACCCAUUCGCGAUACACAGGCUUUCAAGGACUUGUCGGACGCCAUUGAUGAUGGCAGUAGUGCGCGCUACGGCGGUUGGACUGAAAAAGAAGAAAGGAGGCGGCUGCGCGAGCAGCGAGAAAAGGCCGGUCCAGCCGGGCAAAAGCCUGUCGAGCCCAUGGUCGAGGAUCCAAAUGCCGGCACCAACGUCACAGUCCACAAAGACUCGGCCUGGAAAGAGUCGUGGAACGAGUUCAAGAACAACUCAAAGGUCGUGCAAGGACUCUUCAAUAUGAAGAACACCUACGAAGAAUCCGAGAACCCUCUCAUCUCCACCGCUCGAUCAAUCGGCGACCGCGUGGCUGGCUUCUUCGCAGAAAACGAGACUGCCCGAGUCAUCAAGAAAUUCCGUGAGAUCGACCCCAACUUUCAGCUCGAGCCCUUCCUGCGAGAUAUGCGCGAAUACAUGCUCCCCGAGGUACUCGAUGCAUACGUCAAGGGUGAUGUCGAGACACUGAAGCUGUGGCUGUCGGCGGCGCAGUUCCAGGUGUACACCGCGCUGAUGGAGCAGUACACCAAGGCCGGUCUCAAGUCGGACGGCAAGAUCUUGGAUAUCAGGCACGUCGACAUUCUGAAUGCGCGUAUUUUGGAGCCUGGUGAUAUUCCGGUGUUCAUCAUUACGUGCAGAACGCAGGAAGUGCAUGUCUAUCGAAACAAAAAGACGCAAGAGCUUGCCGCCGGUAUGGAGGAUAAAGUGCAGCUUGUCACCUACGCCAUUGGUGUGACGAGGCUACCCGAGGAAGUCAACAACCCAGAAACCAGAGGCUGGAGAAUGAUCGAGCUGCAGAAGGCGGCGAGGGACUAUAUCUGA